AUUUAAUUUAUGUCAGCAACAAAAAUAUAUUACGUACCUGAACCUUUGAAACCUUCACCUAAUUAUAGAGAAAUUGUCAAGUAGUGAAAAGAAUUUAUAUAGAAAAUUAGUAGAUUCUAGACAAGAAGAUAAAUAAAAAAUUGAUGAGUAUUUAGAUCAUUUUUAACCAACGAUUGAUGAAACAAGAGAGAAACAAGAUUAGUAUUUAGGCAAAAGGUGUUUUUUCUAAUUUAUUAUUUCAGAUAUCGAUCAAUUAUGUAAGCUCUUGAGCGGGCAAAGAAUAAUUUAAUCAAGUAUAAUUUAUCUUUGUUGGAAUUACAAGAUAAAAUUGAAAAAAGUGUAGAAAUAAGAAAAGUACUUGAAGAUGUUAAUAACUAUAAAACCUAUAGUGAAGCAUUAACAGAGAAUAUUAAUAAGUUAUAAUACUAAAUUUCAGAACAUACUAAAAAAUGCAAAAAUCUUAAAAAAGUUAUUGAGUAUAAACAUGCCGCACUAAAUAAAUAAAAUUCAAAGAAUCUUGUACUUUUAAGAGAAAUUAAUGCUGCCAGACAUCAAUAGAAAAAAUAAAAGAAGACUUCAGAUACUUAAAGAAGUUAAUAAUAAACUACAUUCUAUCCAUAAAAACCAUUAAGUCAAUCUAGUUAAAAGUAAGAAUAAUUUACUGAUCCUUAAAUUACUUAAAUCAAAUAUGAAAAUUAAUAAAUGAGAUAUCAAUUAACUUCCUAUAGAAAUAAUAAAUAUUUAAAGAUGGAAUUAUUUAAUGAAUGUAUGGAAGCGUAUAAAAGGUAUGAUAUAAUAUUCAAUUUAUAGAUAUUUUUCUAAAUCUUAAAAAGUAGUGAAGAAUUCAGGGUUAUAACACUCUUUAUUUUUUUAUAUUUAAAAAGCAUAAUUCUCAUUAUAGGAUAAUGCUGCAAAUAAUAGAUAUAAUCAUAAGAAUUUAAAGAGUGUAAUGGCAGGAAGAUAAAUUAGAAAUCUAGUUCAUGAUACUCUUAAAUAAAUGGCAGAAGAUAAAUAAAAUAAAAAAAAUCCAUCCUUUGAUAAUUUGUAAUUAGAAUGGGAAAUUUAUAAAGACUAUAGUGCAAUGUAAAUUGUAGCUUUAAUGUGUUUAAAACCUAAAAUAUUUACUGAGUUGUCUUAAAUUUUUUAACAAGAAGUUUUACAUUGA